GAUGCGUCGUGACGUCACUCGGCUCCAGCACAGCAACAAAGGAGGAUGCAGAGCUGCGUGCGGGAGCCAAAUCCCGUUAAAUUGCUCUUCUUUUGCUUUCCGAGACCGACAUAACACAUAACCAUGUAACAGUUGUCCGUAUUUAUAUGGAUAAAUGAAGUGGCGCAGGAUCCGUUGGAGGAAGCGGGGGGAGAGAGAGAAUGUACUGGGUCGCUGGUUUCGCCUCCUCCCGGUCGUUCGUGGUUGAUCUUGGCCGGAAUCAGAGCCCGUCCUUCGGGUUGUGUGGCUCUGAUGAGCGUCACUUAUUUUAUGGGUACAUAGUAUCCGUCCCGGAUUUCGGCGGGACCAUGUCGGGACUGGUAUCGGAUUCCUGGUGGAGGAAGACGCUUUACAUCACCGGAGGUGCCCUGCUGGCUGCGGCUGCGUAUCUGCUGCACGAGCUGCUCUCCAUCAGGAAAGAGCAACAGUUGGAUUCUAAAGAUGCCAUCAUCCUUCACCAGUUCUCCAGGCCAAAAAACAGGGUGCCAAGCCUGUCACCUUUCUGCCUGAAAAUGGAGACCUAUCUGCGCAUGGUUGAUCUGCCCUAUCAAAAUUACUUUGAUGGAAGCCUCUCUUCCCAGGGCAAGAUGCCUUGGGUUGAGUAUAAUUAUGAGCAGGUGUGCGGAACUGAAUUUAUAAUUGACUUUCUGGAGGAGAAACUUGGUGUGAGCCUGAACAAGAGUCUGAGCGCUCAGGAGCAGGCGCUAGCGCAGGCCAUCACCACCAUGGUGGAGGAACACUUGUACUGGACCAUUGCAUACUGUCAGUGGGUGGAUAAUGUUCAAGAGACUCAAAGGAUGCUGGACCUUCCCGGGCCCUUAAGUGACCUGCUGAAAUGGAUCCUGUGUCAGCUGACUGGUGGCAUUGUAAAGAGGGAGAUGUACUGUCACGGCAUUGGCUGCUUUACUAAGGAAGAAGUUUACACCCUCAUGGAGAAAGACAUGCGCACACUGGCCACACUGUUAGGGGAUAAGAAGUACAUCAUGGGUCCCAAGCUGUCCAGUGUGGAUGCCACAGUGUUCGGUCACCUUGCACAAGCCAUGUGGACACUACCUGGCACACGGCCCGAGCAGCUCAUUAAAGGAGAACUGAUCAACCUCGCCAUGUACUGUGAGCGCAUACGGAGGAAGUUCUGGCCCGAGUGGUUUGUGGACUCAGAGGACUUCUGUUACGACAGCGACAAUGACACCAGCAGCGGGACGCCCAACUGCAUGCUGGACCAGGGUCUCUUUUCCAGGACAGACACUUUAGAGGAAAGCGAUCUAAGCCUCCUUUCACACAGUAAUACACACUCGCAAGACUCAGACCACUCUGCACGCUCGGUCUCAGACUCUGACAUUGAAGCAGAUGGCUCGGAUGUGGAGCAGAUCAAGGGUGAAAUCUAAUAGAGGUUGCUUUUCAUCUGGUGUAACAGCAUUUUGCGAUGUGUAGUGGCUCCAGAACUCGUAUUGAUAUGUCUUGCCUGGAUGAAUCACACUUUGAUGAACCUGAAUUAAAAACAAGAUGUGUGUACACAAUGUGACAUCAGUCAUGGACAUGUGCACCUUAAGAUUUACACCACAGAAGUUGGACGCAUGUAAAGAUAAUUCAUUCUGCCUUCGCUCUCUCAGAACUGUUUCUAUGUCCACAGUUUCAGUAUGAUUUCUAAUUAGCUUUAAUUUUAAGGAAAACACAUUUUGUGAUUUUUCAGUCCAAUCAAUAUGUCUAUUUUCUGUCAAACUCUAAUCAAACAUUUGCUCCGGAACACAAUCAUGUAGCUUGCAUGAUUUCUAGGAUGUUUUUUUUUUUUUUUUGACAGAAUGAUUUCCUUUAUGCCAACUGAAACUAAAUCUGUGUGAAUUCCUCCCUCCUGUUGAAACCUAAUAAUUCCUGCUCCCAGAUCAGCUCAAGUACAUAAAAUAGAAAUUAAGAAGCAUAAAAGGAUUUAAGAAGCAUUUAAUCCAUGUUCUACCUGCUUAAACACAAAACAAUAACAAAAUGAGAAUCCAGUUCUCACAAAUAUUUAGGCUAAUGCAAUAGAACUGAAUCCCUUUCUGUCAAUUGUAUUUGUUAGGGCUCCAGUGUGUGUCAUCAGUGUCAGACUCUUGAUCAGUCUGAAUGGUGCUUAAUGCCUGUGUGCCUGACUGAAACCAUUUCGUCUUCAUCCCUGCGUUUCUUUCUGUUCGAUUCUGUAAUACAGACCUGUUUGCGUGUCACCACCAGAGGGCACUGUGACCAUUCACACAUUGAGUGGGUCCUAUGCAGCCACUUGUAUUGGCAUUGCGAGCAUCCCUCGCUUCAAGCUUCUGCCUUAAAAGAAAGUUUUAAAGGAGUAACUACUCCACUUCCGGAUCAAAAAUUUACAUAUAAUGUACUUACCCCCUUGUCAUCCAAGAUAUUCAUGUCUUUCUUUCUUCAGUCUUAAAGAAAUUAUGUUUUUUUGAGGAAAACAUUUCAAGAUUUCUCAUCUAAUGGACUUCGAUUGUGCCCCUGGGUUUACAAAAUGCAGUUCAAAUGCAGCUUCAAAGGGCUCUAAAUGAUCCCAGCCGAGGAAGAAGGGUCUUAUCUAGCGAAACGAUCAGUUAUUUUCUAAAAAAAGUUAUUUUUUCAUCAACCUUUUUAACCUCCAAACGCUUCAUGAACUCAUGUCCAAGACAGUUAGGGUAUGUAGAAAAACAUCUAAUUUUCUCUUCCAACUUCAAAAUCGUCCUAAAUAGCUGCAGAAGUACCGACCCAGUGUUUACAAAGUGAACAUGCAAAGAAGAUCAAAUGCCCUUUACAAAAAAAAUUCAAAACAGUGAUGUAGGACGAUUUUGAAGUUUGGAGGAGAAAAUGAGAUGGGAGUUUUUCACAUACCCUAACUGUCAUGAACUGGAAAACAUGCACUGGAAAAGUUCAAGCAGAGCUAGACAAGACCAGUCUAUGGACAAGACGAGCGUUUGAGGUUAAAAUCGAUCGUUUCGCUAGAUAAGACCCUUCUUCCUCGGCUGGGAUCGUGUAGAGCCAUUUGAAGCUGCAUUUAAACUGCAUUUUGGAAGUUCAAACUCAGGGGCACCAUAAAAGUCCAUUAUAUGGAGAGAAAUCCAUUUCAGCAUUAUAUGGAGAGAAAUUUUUUGAGCAAAUGUUUUGCUCAAAGAACUAUUUCUUUAUGAUUGCAGAAAGAAAUACAUGAACAUCUUGGACAAGGGGGAGUUGUGUAAAGUUGGAGUUGUGUAUUAUGUGUAAAUUUUUGUUCUGGAAGUGAACUACUCCUUUAAAUAUUAAUAACAACAGUGAACCUCUAGUGAACACUAACCGGUCAACUUUAAUGGCUUAGGAGUCUGAUUAUAAUUUUUUUUUAUCCAUUGUGUGAUUUGUGUACCAAAGUGUAGUUUGUGCAUAUCUGAGCAGAUUUGCCUUAGUUGAGGGAAAAUUGUUGUGAUCAAUAGCUGCAUGAUGAGUUUACCCUCAUUCUGUUGAAUUUACUUGAAACCCAAGCCUGUACUAAAUUAAUUUAUUUAAAUUUCUAUAAUGUUUGAUCUGUUAUGCAAAAUUCUGUUGUUUACUUUAUUGUUGUUUUGCACAUUUUAGAUUAUUGAAAGACUUUGGACAAUGUAAAGAUAUGGAUUGAAACAUUAGAGGACUUAAAGCAGGGUCCAUACAAUCAGUGAGACGUGCUUUGUGUGUGUGUGUGUGUGUGUGUGUGUGUGUGUGUGUGUGUGUGUGUGUGUGUGUGUGUGUGUGUGUGUGU